AUGGCGCCCUCGAAGAAAGAUGAGAUUCCUUCUGACCUAGAAGGUGUCCAACGAUCACGUUCACACUCAAAUUGCUCCCAAGAAGAAGGAACUUCACAACGCAUCGACGACGCCGUCUUUGGCGAAGUCUCAGAAGAUGGACCUAACUACCGCAACGUCGGAUGGAUCGCGACAGUCGCAUUAAUGACAAAAACACAAAUCGGUCUCGGCGUUCUAUCAAUUCCACAAACAUUCGAUGCUCUUGGUCUUAUUCCAGGAAUUCUAUGUCUUAUUGCCGUGGCUACUAUCACAACGUGGUCAGACUACAUGAUUGGUGUUUUCAAGAAACGUCAUCCUCAAGUUUACGGUAUCGAUGAUGCUGGAUACUUGAUAUUUGGCAGAAUCGGUCGCGAGUUUCUCGCAACUGUCUUUAUGCUUUACUGGAUCUUCGUUGCUGGCUCAGCGAUGUUGGGUAUCUCUAUCGGACUCAACUCUGUUUCUUCACACGCCGCUUGCACAGCUGUCUUCGUAGCUGUCGCUGCUGUUCUCGGUUUCUCAUUCGCGAGUAUCCGCACACUGGGCAAGAUCGGCUGGUUGGCCUGGAUCGGACUGAUCUGUAUCAUGACAGCCAUCUUCUGUGUCACCGUCGCAGUUGGUGUCCAAGACCGUCCAGCAGCUGCCCCAAGCCCUACUGAAGGUCACUGGGAAUCCGACUGGAAACUCGUCAACCACCCCUCCUUCGUUGACGGCAUCACAGCAGUUUCAUCCCACAUCUUCGCCUUCUCCGGCACACCCGCCUUCUUCCAAAUCGCUGCUGAAAUGCGUGAGCCUAAGCACUACACCCGCUCCUUGAUCACUUGCCAAUCGAUCGUGACUAUUACUUACAUCACCAUCGGUAUCGUCGUUUACUAUUACUGCGGUUCUUAUGUUGCUUCGCCUGCUCUUGGUUCAGCUGGAGCUCUGAUGAAGAAGGUGUGCUACGGCUUUGCUCUUCCUGGAUUGAUCGUGACUGCCAUGCUUAUGACUCACAUUCCUGCCAAGUAUCUCUUUAUCCGUUUGUUGCGAGGCACCAAGCACCUCAACUCCAACGGUAUCGUGCAUUGGGCUACCUGGUUGGCCUGCACAGGCGGCGUGACCGUCAUCGCGUACAUCAUUGCUAGCGCUAUCCCUGUCUUUGGAGGCCUUGUGUCUCUCAUUGGAGCUCUCCUGGGCACAAUGAUGUGUUUCCAGCCUUACGGAUGUAUGUGGCUCUAUGACAACUGGCACAAGGGCAAGAAGAGCAAGUCUCCCAAGUGGUAUCUUAUGGUUUGUUGGAGUGUCUUUGUUAUUGUUAUCGGUACAUUCAUGACCGUUGCAGGCACCUAUGGAUCCAUCGUUGGCAUCAACAACUCGUUGAAGGCUGAUGGUGGUACUAGCCCAUGGUCUUGUGCUGAUAACGCCAACUCUGCUGGCGGAGCUCACUAA